AUGGAUGGGGCUAGUAUCGAACAAGUUCCCAAGAUUGGAGAUAACUCUACAGAAGGUACUGUAUUUGAUGCAUCUCAAUAUGCAUUCUUUGGUAAAGAUCUUGUCGAGGAAGUUGAGUUAGGUGGAUUGGAGGAUGAUGAGGAGGAGUUGCCUGCUGCUGAUUUUGAAGAGGAGGAGUUUCUCUUUGAUAGACAAGAGGGUGAAGUUUUACAAUCUCUAUCUGACGUUGAUGAUCUUGCAAGUACAUUUUCAAAGCUGAAUAAGGGUGUCAGUGGACCAAGAAGCACUGGGAUAAUUGGCGAUAGGGGCUCCAGAGAAAGUUCAUCUGCUGCUGAAUGGGCACAGGGAGAGGAUUUUCCUAAUUGGUUUGAUCAACAGCUACUUGACCAAGAUGGCGUUGAGGAUGGCAAAAAGUGGUCUUCCCAACCAUAUUCUUCUACCACUCGCCUUGCAGAAUUAAAGCCUCUAUACCGAACCUCUUCAUACCCUGAGAAGCAGCAGCAGCAGCAGCAACCACACCAGCAACACUACUACAGUGAACCUAUUCUUGUGCCAAAAUCUUCCUACACUUCAUAUCCUCCCCUAGGUGGACAAUCUCCACAGUCUUCACCGAACCACAGUCAUCUAAAUAUUCCAUAUCUUGCUGGUGGCCCCCAAAUGCCAUUACCUCCCUUCUCUAAUUCUCAGCUUCCGUUGAGUGGCUUACAUCAUGGAUCACCACAUUAUGGUGCGAAUUUGCCUCAAUUCAGUUCUGGUCUUUCUGCUAAUAGCCGGCCACCAAGCCAAUGGGUGAAUCACACAGGCUUAUAUCCUGGAGAUCAUCCCAAUCGCUUGAAUAGUAUGUUGCAACCACCAUUACCUCAUCAAAAUGGGCUAAUGCCUCCACAGUUGAUCCCACAACUUCAGUCACAGCAGCAUAGGUUGCAUGCCCCAGUUCAGUCGUCAUUGGGCCAUUUAUCGGGCAUGCAGUCUCAAGUGUUCAAUCCCCAUCUCUCUCCAUCCCCACCAAUGAUGAACAACUUUGACUCAAUGCUUGGUCUGGGUGAUAGGGAUCAAAGACCAAAAUCAGCUCAGAAAGUUAGGCCAAUGGUGCGUUAUCCUCAACAAGGCUUUGAUUCCAAUGGUCAGAAGUUUGAUAGUGGCUGGCCGCAGUUCAGAUCCAAGUAUAUGACUACUGAUGAAAUUGAAACGAUUCUCAGGAUGCAGCUAGCUGCAACACACAGUAACGACCCAUACGUGGAUGAUUAUUAUCACCAGGCUUGCCUUUCAAAGAAAACAGCUGGGGCAAAGCUCAAACAUCAUUUCUGCCCAACUCACUUGAGGGAUCUUCCUCCCCGAGCACGAGUGAAUGCUGAACCACAUGCUUUUCUCCAGGUCGAUGCUCUUGGGAGAAUUCCUUUCUCUUCGAUUCGUAGACCCCGUCCUCUUCUUGAGGUUGAACCUCCAAAUUCUACUGUUGGUGGCAAUGCUGAGCAGAAUUCCGCUGAGAAGCCCCUAGAACAGGAGCCAAUGCUUGCAGCCAGAGUCACAAUUGAAGAUGGUCUUUGCCUUCUUCUUGAUGUAGAUGAUAUUGAUCGUUUUAUAGAAUUCAAUCAGUUCCAUGAUGGUGGAACCCAGUUGAGACGCAGGAGGCAGGUCUUGUUAGAAGGGCUGGCAGCAUCCAUGCAAUUGGUUGACCCACUAGGCAAGAACGGCCACACAGUUGGACUUGCUCCCGAGGAUGAUUUUGUGUUCUUGAGGUUAGUAUCUCUUCCCAAGGGGCGGAAGCUCCUUGCAAGGUAUCUUCAGCUUCUUUUUCCAAGUGGUGAUCUCAUGCGGAUCGUCUGCAUGGCCAUUUUUCGUCAUUUAAGGUUUUUGUUUGGAGGUCUCCUGUCUGAUCUUGGAGCUGAAACCACAAAUAACCUUGCAAGGGUUGUAUCAUUAUGUGUCCAUCAGAUGGAUCUUGGUUCACUCAGUGCUUGUCUUGCUGCAGUGGUUUGUUCCUCAGAGCAGCCGCCUCUUCGCCCCCUUGGAAGCUCAGCUGGAAAUGGGGCUACCCUCAUUUUAAUGUCUGUGUUGGAGAGAGCAACUGAACUAUUAAAUGAUCUUCAUGAUGCUAGCAACUACAAUGCAACAAACCGGGCACUUUGGAAGGCUUCAUUUGACGAGUUUUUUGGCCUCCUUAUUAAGUAUUGCAUAAAUAAAUAUGAUAGUAUUAUGCAGUCUUCUCUAUCAGACUCAGAUCCAGCUGAAGCUAUUAAGAGGGAACUACCAAUGGAGCUCUUGCGUGCAGCUGUUCCCCACACAAAUGACUACCAGAAAAAGCUGUUAUAUGAUCUUUCCCAGCGUUCCUUAGUUGGUCAGGAUGGUGGUGACAUCAAUUCUGAAGCCGUGCUCAGUUGA